AUGAGCAGCAAGACUCCCAAGCUCUUCAACAAGUGGUCGUUCGAGGGCCUCCAGACGUCGGAGCUGGCCCUCCGCGACCACAUCUCGACCACGGCCGCGUAUGUGCCGCACACGUCUGGCCGCUGGCAGAAGCGCCGCUUCCACAAGGUCCGCAUGCCGAUUGUUGAGCGCCUGGCCAACGGCCUCAUGUUCAAGGGCCGCGGCAACGGUCGCAAGCUGCAGGCUGCGCGUCUGCUGAAGCACACACUGGAGAUCAUCCACCUGCUGACAGACGAGAACCCCCUGCAGGUUGUGGUGGACGCCGUCUCGAAGGGUGCGCCGCGUGAGGACUCGACCCGCGUCGGCUCCGGUGGUGUUGUGCGCCGCCAGGCUGUGGACGUGUCGCCGAUGCGCCGGGUGAACGAGGCGAUCUAUCAGAUGUGCAAGGGUGCGCGCGAGGCUGCCUUCCGCAAUCUGAAGUCGAUGCCGGAGUGCCUCGCGGACGAGAUCGUGAACGCGUCUAAGGGUAGCUCGAACUCGUAUGCCAUCAAGAAGAAGGAUGAGGUGGAGCGUGUGGCCAAGGCCAACCGGUAA